UAGUUAAUUAGACAAGGGUAAAUUAAUGGCGGGGAAAGUUGCAAAAUCAAGGUUCAAUAGGGUGUGUGUUUUCUGUGGGAGCAGCACAGGCAACAGAGAGUGUUAUAAAGAUGCCGCCAUUGAAUUAGGCCAAGAAUUGGUUUCUAGGAGAUUGGGUCUUGUGUAUGGAGGAGGGAAUAUUGGCUUGAAGGGCUUGGUUUCUCAAGCCGUGCACCGUGGUGGAGGCCACGUUCUUGGGAUCAUACCCAGAACUCUGAUGAGCAAAGAGUUGACAGGUGAUACGAUUGGAGAGGUGAAGGCCGUGGCGGACAUGCAUCAGAGAAAAGCCGAAAUGGCCCGCCAUUCCGAUUGCUUUAUUGCUUUGCCAGGUGGAUAUGGAACUCUGGAGGAACUAUUGGAGGUCAUCACAUGGGCUCAACUUGGUAUCCAUGACAAGCCUGUGGGUUUGCUGAAUGUUGAUGGUUACUACAACUACUUGUUAACUUUUAUUGACAAAGCUGUAGACGAUGGGUUCAUCAAGCCAUCCCAGCGUCACAUUUUCGUGUCUGCCCCAAAUGUCAAAGAGCUUGUCCAAAAACUUGAGGAAUGUGUGCCUACGAAUGAUGAAAACAUAGCCAAGUUGAAGUGGGAGAGGAGGUGGAGCCACAACAACUAGUCGGGUUUAGUGCUUUGCAGACUUAUGAGAUCGCUCUGUAGAAGAUGAAGGAUUAUAUAUAUACACGUCUAAUGAUACGUAUAUAUCUAGGUGACAACAAGGUGGGAUGUGAGCUCUAUUCCUUUAAUCAAUUUUUGUGUAUUUUAUAUAAACUUGACCAAAAUGCUAAUAUGGGUACGGUGGAGUUAGAUUGUAAAUGGAAUUUGCAUGGAGAAUAGGUUUUUUAAUGGUAUGGAAUCCGUUCUUCGCUGAUAAAAAAAAGAAGUGUUAUUAGAUGCCUUUGUUUUGCAGCUCUAGUAUAUGUAUGUAUACGGAUAUGUAUUUGGGAAGUUGGUGGAAUUGAGAUCAAAAGAUAGA